GCCGUCGAAGUAACACGCAAAGAUGGAUCAAGUGCGAAAUGUACAGUGAAUUUCUUUUAAUUUCGGGCUAAAAACCUCUCGAGGUUAGGAAAAAAAGUACCAAAAACACAUCCCCACGACUUGUAGAUAUUUUUAACGCGAACGAAAUGUGAAAAAAGGCAAAAAUUCAAGCAUUUAAACACAAAAAAAAGAAUAUCUCUAAAAUACAAGUGAGAAAGAGAGAGAGAAAAAAUACGAGAAUUACACGAAAACGAGUGAGAUAGUGAAUGGAAAAUUCAAUAAUAAUGGCAAAAACGUAUUAAAAAGUUACAAAUACAUACAAAGAACGCCACGACAUGUUUUAUUAUAUUUUUUUCUAAUCAAUCACUGAAAUUUUAUACUUUUGUUUUGUUAUACUAUUAUUAUUUCUAAUCGCCAUCAUCACCACCAUCACCAAUUCUCGGAUAUUCGAAGAAAUUUUUGAAUUUUGAAGCAAAGAAAAAAAGAAGCAGCAAACAAACGACUUACAAGUGUCUCGUCUUCGCCGUCGUCGUCGUCGUCGCGUAGAGAGAAAAUUGUUUUGUAUUCCACGUAGCAUGUGAAGCAAAAAAAAAGAGAGUCGUAACAGCUGCCUCUUGAAAAAUAUCUAAAAUUAGCAGGAAAAAUAAUAAUAAUUGUGUAAAAUAUUGAGUGGAAAAUAUAAAUCAUACGAAAAAAAAAGUGAAAAACUAGGUUUCUCUUGCACUCACCACCACGAAAAAACCAGCAACAACAAUCAUCAUUUCUUAUUACUUUUUUUUUUGGUCGUUGAAUUUUUAACUUAACUUCUUUCCGUGUGUGGGCAACAAAUGAACACUUUGCACUUUGACAAAAGUCACAAUUCAAGCCCUAAUUUAAAGGGUGUUGCGAACGGCAACGCCUCAAUCAGCUUAUCGUCUUCAUCGUCGUCGUCUGCGGCAUCCACAGCAGCAGCAGCAGCCACAGUUGGAAUUGUCUUGCCACAAGUUCAGCAGCAGCAGCAUCAAAAAACCCAACAACACGUCUAUGAAAAUGGCGAAUUGUUAGGCCAAGCUGAUAUCAUUGAACGAGAAUAUCAGCAGCAGCAGCAGCAACAAAGGCAAGUUGUUAAAAGUGGUCGUGGCAAAUACAAUCAAGUCACAGCAACAACUUCGUCCAGCAACAACAACAGCAACUCUAGCAACAGUCAGGCACAGAAAAGUGUCAAAAGGAAACUCGAAACAGCUGAGUGUGAUUGCGGUUGUGUCGACAGCACCACAAUAAUUGUCAGCAGUACAACGUUGGGUCCGUCGGGUCAAAGUAAGACAACGACCAGCAGCCACAUCAUGGGAGCUCCGUCGAACGGCAGCAAAACGUCGCACUCGAAAAUCGCGAGUAAUCACACGACGACAAAUGUCGCGGCGUCCAGCAAACGAUCGAGCAGCGGUGCCGAUGGUGAUUACCAAUUAGUACAACAUGAAGUUCUCUUUUCCUUAUCGAGUCAAUAUGAGGUCUUGGAAUUUUUGGGUCGUGGCACCUUUGGGCAAGUCGUGAAAUGCUGGAAAAAGGGCACGUCGGACAUCGUUGCGAUCAAAAUCCUGAAGAAUCAUCCGUCGUAUGCGCGCCAGGGGCAAAUUGAGGUGUCGAUUCUCGCGCGACUCAGCCAGGAAAAUGCCGACGAGUUUAAUUUUGUGCGUGCUUACGAGUGUUUCCAGCACAAGAAUCACACGUGUCUGGUUUUCGAGAUGUUGGAGCAGAAUUUAUAUGAUUUCCUGAAACAGAAUAAAUUCUCGCCGUUGCCACUCAAGUACAUUCGACCGAUUUUGCAGCAGGUUUUGACUGCGUUGUUGAAAUUAAAACAACUUGGUUUAAUUCAUGCUGACUUGAAGCCCGAAAAUAUCAUGUUGGUGGAUCCAGUGAGACAACCUUAUCGAGUGAAAGUCAUUGACUUUGGCAGUGCAUCUCACGUCAGUAAGACCGUGUGCAACACCUACUUACAAUCACGAUAUUAUCGUGCCCCGGAGAUUAUCUUGGGUUUGCCAUUCUGCGAAGCGAUUGACAUGUGGUCGCUCGGAUGCGUCGUUGCCGAACUCUUUUUGGGAUGGCCUUUGUAUCCUGGUUCAUCUGAAUAUGAUCAAAUCAGGUACAUAUCACAGACACAAGGCAUUCCAACGGAGAACAUGUUGAACAGCGCAAGCAAAACGGCGAAAUUCUUCUAUCGCGACGUCGAAUCAACGUAUCCCUUCUGGCGCCUCAAGACUCCGGAAGAGCACGAAGCCGAAACGAACAACAAAAGCAAAGAAGCCCGCAAAUACAUCUUCAACUGCUUAGAAGACAUCGGACAAGUGAAUGUCCCAACCGACAUCGAAGGCGGACAAUUACUCGCCGAAAAGACCGAUCGUCGCGAAUUCAUCGAUUUACUGAAACGCAUGCUGACAAUCGACCAAGAACGACGAAUUACGCCGGGCGAAGCUCUCAAUCAUCCGUUCACGACGCUGGCGCAUCUCGUGGACUACGCGCACUGCAACAACGUCAAAGCCUCAGUACAAAUGAUGGAAGUGUGUCGUCGCGACUCGUCGAUGAUGCACAGCGUGCAACCAACAACGGCUACCUUGGUAACGAACUUUGUACCAAAUGCCGCCGAAAAUAUGACAUUCACGAUAAACAACCAGUUGCAGAGUCAAGUGCAACGCUUGGUGCGCGAACGUGCCGCCGGACCCUCGACUUACGAUAAUUUGUACCAAAUUUACGGCGGUCGAAAUGUGGCACGACAAUACGGAAAUUCGCGCAAUGACGCGUUCCAACAUCAACUUGUGUCGAGUAUUUUGUGCCCGCCGGGCUAUCAAACGAUGCCAAGUCCGACGAAACAUGUCGUAGUCGGGGGCACGGGAAUGCAGCCGCAAAUUCAGGUCCCACCGCAGCAGUAUGUGAAUGUUCCUGUGCCAGUGUCGAUGGUUGAGCCAUCGUCGGGGCAACGAAUGUUGCUAACGAACGCCGUGCAAUCGAGCGUUGCAUGGCCCCAGGGCGGCAGACAACUGGCAAUUGUUCCAUCGUGGCCUCAACAAGCGCCGCCCCAUUCGCUAAUCGUCGAUUCGGCGCCUUUCCUCAAUGUCGAGGAAAUUUACCCGAAACAUCAUCUCAAUAUUCCCCGGAGUCAUGACAUGAAGAAGGAAUCCCCCUUGCAUCAUCUCGUCGUGCCCGGCAGUGGGCGUCAUGACAAGAAAGAACCAAAUCAACUGUCGCCCGUGAAGAAACGCGUCAAGGAAAACACGCCGCCGCAUCAACGGUACAGCAGGCAACACAUUUCGCCGCAAUAUCAUCACGCCUCGACCUCAUCUUCCCAUCAAAAUCUCAAUUUGAACAACUUUUACAACAAUAAUGGCGGCAAUACCGUCACCACAAACAGCAACAAUGCCCAGGUUUCGUCAAAUCACCAUCAUCAUCAUCAUUACAACAACAACAAUAACGUCGGAAAUGUCGUUGCGAACCAACUUUCCGCCGCGGGACAUCUCUCAAAGCAUCCCGCAACCAUCACCAUUCACGAUACGCCAUCGCCGACUGCCGUCAUUACCAUCAGCGACAGCGAAGAUGACGAACCAGCACCUCCGCCGGCUCAUGCCAAGAAUCGCACGCAACCCCAGCAUUCACGCAGCUCCCGAGUCAUCGAGAAAACCGGUUCUUCUGGCAAUUUAACGUCUGUAACGACAUCUCGUGGUGUCAUCAACGAUGGAAGUCAACGCAGUAUCCCUGCACAACAGCGCAAAAACGUAAUUUCCUGCGUUACGGUCGCCGACAGUGACAGCGAAGAGCGUCGCAGUCCCAAAACGAACAUCAAGUACGAACAACACGUCGGUCAAUCGCAGAAAAAACGACUUUUGGCAAUGGCUCAAAGCGAAUGUCUCCUCUCGAGCAGUUCAUCGACGUCGUCGGCGACACAAGGCGCGCCCCAACUGCACGUUCCCAAACAAGAACCAAGUGAUUUCAUCUACGACUAUCAACCAGUGGUCGAUAAACGGGCAUCCUGGGCUCCCGGAUCCUCGUCAUCCGCUUCGUCGUCGUCAAAUCACCACAAACGCGGGGCUCAGCAAGACAACUUGGCGGCACAUUACAACAACAUGCCGAAUCAGCAGCAGGCGAAUCAGGCACCGCCGCCCGUGGCACACGCGAAAAAUACGCCAACUUCGUCGACAGCGGCAUGGCCAGCAAUGUAUCGUCAAUCGGCGCAUCAGUCGAACACGCCGUUGGGCGGAUCUCCCGGCGGAAGUAUUUUGCCGCAGGAGAUUUAUGCGCAAGGUGAGCUGUAUCGCAGACCAACGGUGUUCGUGUCGCAGGCUCCGUAUCAGCCGUAUCACAGAAUUGUUCCCCCGCCAGCACAUAAUGCAUCCAAUAGACAGGUCUUGCCAACGCAACCACUCCCAGCGCAUCUACCCUUUCCCACGCAAUAUAGCCACUUUGGUCCUCUUAGUCCCGCACAAGUUGCCGCUAAACAUGGACCAUAUCCUGCCAACUUAUGGUUUCAAGAUUAAAUCGUUGUAAAUCUUAUAGAGAUAAAAAAAAAAUAUUGAUAAACAUGAAGAUAAAAUGAAAGAUAAAACGUUCACAGCACAGUAUUUUCGUCCUGUUUGUUUGAUUGUUUGUCUCUAAUUUGCCGUCUAAAUACGAUUUUUUGACCAAGAACAUUCUCUCCGUAUAAUUGAUGUUUAUGUUUUUACUCUGUGAACAAUUAAAUAUGAAUAUAAUGAAUGAUGGUAGUAAUCAUUAUAAGGAAAAAAAAUUAAAACUUAAACAUAUUGUUAAAGAAAAUAUUAAUGAAAUCAUAUCAAAUUUUGUGUUUAUAUUAAAAAAAAAAUAUUAAUUAAAAAUUAUAUUAGCUUUUUUGUUCAAAUCAAAGUGGAAUG